GAACCAUUUCCGGUUGUUGCCCGCUGAAACGGCCCAAAGAUUGUACGCCAUUAUCACACACUGACGCCACAGCAUAUUAUUCCAAACGUUUUUGUGGAUUUUUCCUACUUUUCAUCAGAUUUAUUCAUAUUUGAAAUUCUAUAAUGAGUGACAUUGAGCGAAGUGGUAGCCGUAGUGCAAGUCCUAGACGACCAAGAACUGCAGACGGUGGUUUAAGGGACUCACGUUCACAUUCAAGAUCACGUAAAUCACGUGAACGUAAAGAAUCUCAUAGACCAGUAAAAGAGUAUUCAAGAUCACGAAGUCGUUCUGUAUCAAGAGGAAGAAAAUCAUAUCGCAGCAGCAAGUAUGCUAGUGCAGGUCACCGUGGUAGUAGUCGCAGUCGCAGUCGUUCUCCUUAUAGGGGUGGACGUUACUCUCGAAGCCGAUCUCGAUCCUACUCUCGCUCUCGUUAUUCCCGCGAACGUGACAGGAACAUCUAUCGUUCACACUCUCGUAGUCCAAUGUCAUCUAGACGAAGACAUGUUGGUAACAGGGAUAAUCCCUGUCCUUCUCGAUGCUUAGGUGUAUUUGGACUUUCUAUUUUCACAACUGAACAACAAAUUCAUCACAUCUUUUCAAAAUAUGGACCUGUUGAACGAGUGCAAGUUGUAAUCGAUGCAAAGACUGGACGAUCUAGAGGAUUCUGCUUUGUAUAUUUUGAAUCAUCUGAAGAUGCGAAAGUAGCCAAAGAACAGUGCACAGGAAUGGAAAUUGAUGGCAGAAGAAUAAGAGUAGAUUUUUCAAUCACGCAGAGAGCUCACACACCCACUCCUGGAAUUUAUAUGGGAAAACCUACACAUCUCCAUGACAGAGGUUGGGAUGGACCUAGACGUAGAGACAGUUACAGAGGAAGUUAUAGACGUUCGCCAAGUCCGUACUACAGUCGCCGACGUUCACGCUAUGACAGAUCCAGAUCGCGUUCCUACUCACCACGUCGGUAUUAAGUGACACGAGUGUGAUGCGAGAGGCCAGGUGUUUGGGAGACCAUUUGUGUGACUUGACCCUUUGACCUCAAAUUUCUUCUAACAAUACUGUACUGGGUCAAAAAAUGCAAAAACUACAUUCUCACUACUGUUCUUACCUUACCUAAUUCUGCAUCAUAUGCAAUUAAUAUAUGGCAUUUAAAUUACGAUAUUGUACAAUAUCAAUUAAUGAGAUAACUUGAUAAUAUGCAAAGGAGUGUAGCAUAUUCUUUACAUGAAAACAGUAAGGUUAGAAUGGACACGAAAAACCUUAUUUUCAUAAUAUUUCUACCAUUUCCUAACAGUUUUAUGAAGAUAAGGUUUACGUUAUUGUAAUCAUAAUGACUAUAAAUGUGAAGGUUGGAAUAUAAUUGAGUUUCUAUUUUUCUUUGAGAAUUUGAUUAUUUACUUGAAAGUUGUAUUCCAGCCAUUUGGACAUUAAAUGCCACUGACAGAAAGUGGUAUGAAUCUGAAAAAUGUGGUAUUCCUUAAUGUUUAUAUAUAAAAAGCAAAAAGAAAAUAUAUCUAUAUAUAUAUAUAUAUCUAUGUAUAUAUAUAUAUAUACAUGUAUAUAUAUAAAGAAAAAGAAAAUGAAACACAUUACACACAGAAAAGAACGAAACAAAAAAACAAAAAUAAAAUUAAAAAUAGAAGUAAGUUCUCUAACCUGUUUGUUUGUUUAUAAGGUUUUGAAUCAAGAGGUAUUGGAUGAUAGAGGGAAGUUUGAAGUUUCACUCUGAAAAAAUGAAAGUUUUGAAAAGUCGAAGACAAGAUAUCUGAAGAUGUUUGUCUUGCUCGAAUUUCGAAGAUCCAAAGGUUUUUCGCGCUUGUGACAAAGAAUAUGAUCCAAAUCACAUUCAUUUCCGGCUGAGAAGUCUCAAGCCUAGAAGAACUGCAAGCACUCUAUAAAAAGCAAGCCUCAAGACAGUAAGAAAUCGUUGAUCGUCAGGCCCCCGACCUGGGACAAGCCAGUGGUUGGGGGUGAAACUGGCCGAACGUUUCAGAAAAUGUUCAAGAAGCAUCGAAAUCUUUUAUAAGUAGGGAAGAGCGUAAGGUGCUCCAAGGUUUAUACCGAUCAUAUUCUUUAUCAGUUGGUUUGGUUACAUGGUAUAUUCGUAAUUAGGUGUUCAUGAAAUAAAUAAACGUAUACACCUUCGCCCCUAUUCCCUCCACCAUCCCAAAACCUCCUACAUCCUUUAAGAAUGAUGUCUGAUUGUUUUCAUUUUGUAUAGGAAUAAGCAGCGAUAA